ACAUUAAUAGGAUUUGGCAUUCGCACGUAGACAGAUACAGAAGAUCUCGUGGGAAAGUCUCAUCAUCAAUUGGUAAUACUGGCCAUUACUGAGAAAGAAGGCUUGGAAUUCAGCGGCUCGAAGCCAUAAAUGAAAAAAGCGAAGUUAUUUGUAACAGAAAAUAAAUUGAUGAAACGGACAACAGCAACUACAAGAAUUCAACAACAUACAAUUGAAGAGAAUUUUAGUGAUGGAAGAGUGAAAUUGAUGAAAAUCCAAAUGACUCCUAAGGUAGAACCAAGUGAAAAACUAAAACUAAAUCUGAAAUCCUUACAAAGUCAAAAUAGCAAAAAUAUACAUAAUGCAAUUAACUUUCACAUUACUAAAUCCUCUAAAAUAUUCAGAAGUACCCAGAAAGAACCAAAGACAAAAGCUCUCAUGAAAAAAGAAAAUGAAGAAGAAAAUCUAAACACAAAAGUGAGUAAAAGAAAACCAAGAGUCAUUGUGGACUUGCAAUUAAUGAAAGAAGAAUUAAAACAAUUGGAAGAUCCACCUAUAACACCUUGGGAAAAGAAAUUAUCUUCUGGCCGAUUACAAUAUGAGUUCUUUAAUAUCUCCUGUAAGGAGCUUGCACAACAGUUACUAGGUAAAAUACUCGUACGAUAUCUUGAAAAUGGGACCAUUCUCAAAGGUAGGAUAGUGGAGACUGAGGGAUAUCUGGGCACAAUUGACAAGGCGUCGCAAACUUAUCAAAACAAAGUUACACCACGUAAUAUACCAAUGUAUAUGCCACCAGGGACCAUUUAUGUUUACAUGACAUAUGGCAUGUACCAUUGCUUCAAUAUUUCUAGUGAUGGUCUCGGAUGUGCGGUAUUGGUGCGAGCCGUCGAUCCUCUGGAAGGUAUCGAACAUAUGGCUGAUCAGCGGAAACUGUCGGAGACGAGGAAAGCUAGUUUGAAGCCGCACGAACUAUGCAAUGGUCCAUCGAAACUCUGCAUGGCCUAUCAACUUGACAGGCAGCACAACAAAUAUUCUGUUUGUACCUGGAAGUCUCUGUGGAUCGAGGAUGACGGUGCAUUAUCAGAUUUUAGAAUUAUCAAGUCCGCUAGAAUUGGAAUUGCCAGCAGCGGCCCGGAAUGGGCCAACAAACCCUUACGUUACUACAUUUAUGGCAAUAAGUGCGUCAGUAAGAGAGAUAAGAAGGCGGAGAUGGAUCUUUCUUAAUCUGAAACUAAUUUUGAUAAUUUCAUCAAAGCCGGUUUGCAUUUCAUUGUGUUCUUAUAUAUAAAAUAACUGAUGUCGACAUAUCGCUUUUAAUAACAAAGUCGAGUCUUUAUAAAAUUGGAAAUCAGUGUUCACUGGAAUCAAAUACUAGAUAGUGUCACUAGAAAAUAGAAUGCGAAAUUGCAGAAUUGCUGUCAGAAAAACAAAUCAAUAUUAAUGUUAGUAUUAAGGUGUAAAAUAUUUUAUUUAAAUUAUGAAGUAAUGAUUAAUAGCGAAUUCAGCCGCUUGCACUAAUGCGCACCGAAUGCACGCUAAGACUUGUUCAUAGUCUUUUUAUAUAUUUUAAAAUCGUCUUAAAUACAUCUUCAAAUACUUCUUAACUAGUAAAAUAAUCUGUACAGCAUCCGUACAGAUUGUUUUAUUGGCUAAAAGUUUUUGAAUAUACAUUUAAGACGAUCUUAAAUAAAAGAACGGAUAUAUAUAAACAAGACUCAAUGCGCAUUAGUGGCCGAAUUCGCUAUAAGUUAAUCGUAUAAAGACUGGGAAAGUUCCAAAAAUAAUAAGUAAUUAUAUUGGUAUUGAUUAGAUUAUAAGCACGUGAAUCCUAAGGAAGAUGAAAAAGUCAGUGUGGAAAACUCUGAUAUAAAGAUUAUGUAAUAAAAUUCUCAA